AGAAACGGAGGGCGGUGGGAGGAAACUCGUACCGUGAUAGAAGCAGCGGCAGCAGUAAGAGGCGAAGGAUCGUCUGAGUGAUAACCAGGGAAGGAACUAUGUCCCGCAAAGGGUGCCUCAGCGUCACAAAAUAUUUUCUCUUCAUCUUCAACCUCUUCUUCUUUAUCCUUGGAAGCCUUCUCUUCAGUUUUGGCUUAUGGAUACUUUUUGACCGAAAUAGCUUUGCUACCCUCAUCGGUUCGUCAUAUUAUGCCCUAAAAGUCUGGUCCUAUGUUUUCUGCGGUGUCGGCAUCCUGACGAUGCUGAUGGGAUUCCUCGGAUGCCUGGGUUCCCUCAAGGAAAUCAAGUGUAUGCUUGGAUUUUAUUUUGCCUUCCUGCUACUUCUCUUUCUGGCUCAAAUCACCAUUGGGAUCCUGAUAUAUACACAGCGCAAUACGCUCAGCACAGUGGUUGGGGAAUAUGCAGAAGGCAUCAUUGCAAAUUAUGGGACAAAGAGUCCACUCUCGGAUCAAGAAGAAAGCUGGGAUUUUGUACAAGAGCAGCUCCAGUGCUGCGGAUGGACAUCCUACAAGGACUGGACGGAGAACCACGCCAUCAAAAACUCCUCCGUAUUGCUCUACCCUUGCUCCUGUCGUAACGACUCUCAGCCUGGCCAUCCAGAGACCAACAACACAGCAAGUGAUGCACCCACAGGCCUCUGCAGAGCUGAGGGAGAGUGGCCAGUCUAUAAGGAAGGUUGCACAGACAACGUCAAGACCUGGCUGACCAAUAACAUCAUCACUAUAGUGGGGAUCUGCCUUGGGAUCGCUCUCCUGGAGCUCUGCCUCAUGACGCUAUCGAUGUUUCUGUGUAGGACCAUGGGUCCCAACUACGACAAACUUGCCCGCUAUUCCUAGGAAUUGAAUCUCUGCUUCCCAGAUUCCCCACUUUCACAGGGGGCAGUAUUGGAAAUAAUUCCCUCCAACUCAACCAUUCUGCUUCAGGGUUUUUUUUUUUUUUUUAAAUGUGACUGCAGGGUUGCAAGGCUUCUUGGGAAGGGGUUCUCCUCUUACCUUGACCAACCGUUACCCUGAUGAACACAACCAACCCUGCAGGUACCAGCCAAAAACGGAAAGGUUUCUUCUGAGCAAGACUAUCCCGCUUCAUACAGCUGAACAGAUUAUUUAGCUCUUCAAUCAUCUCCAACAUUGGCCAUUACGAAAUUUGGCGAGUAAAACCCUAAAAUAAGACCUAGUUCCUACAUGUUCAUAUUACUUUGCCUUGUGAACGUUCAGAUUCAAGUCUUGAGCCGGCUUCAGUAUGAAGAAAGCGGUUUGGCAGGAAAGUAACUCUUUGCUAGGCUCUGGUAGAUUACUAAAUACAACCUGGAUACCAAAUGUUUUUCCCCCCAACCACUUUUAAAAAUCACUGUAAUAAAGACCCCAUAAAUCCCUUAAUAAGCUUGUUUUGGCACUAAAGCUAGAAAUCUUGCCCUUAUUGGUAUUAAAACAAAUCAGACAUUAAAAUGUAAAUUUGAAAUUGGCAAUAUACCAUUGAGUUAAGACCUCUAGCAGAGAAACAAGGGCUGUGACAACUGGGCUGAUGAACCAGGUUUUUGUUGUUUUGGGGGUGCACUUUGUUCAAUUCCCAGGACUUUGACGUCACCUUCCGAGUGCUGGAGGUGGUUUAUGCAAAGGCUCUUACAAUGUCUCCACAUCUGGAGUUAGUCUGUUCUAUGCCAUUCCUUUAACCCACUUCACAGUACUUAGCCUGUUGUAUUGCAAUCUCUUAAGUCACCUCGACUCAAUUUGACUAGCACAUGCUGAAAAUGCCUUCUUGCGAAGGUUGGAUUCCCUGCCCCCCCAAAAAAGUUUGAUCUAAAUUUCGUUCCGUCGCAAGCCCUACAUUCAAGCAGCUGACUUCCAGUAAAUUUAAUAUGCUCUCUCAUUCUGACAGCUCUUUGCAUUUGCAAAAACUUCAAAGCCCAUACUUUGCCCUGGCAAAGAUUUAUCUCCCUUAGUAUCUUUGUCUGGGACUUGGGAAAAGGCAGCCCUUACUUGCACCUAGCCUGUGCAUGUACACAUUGAUGCUCUUCCAGACGUUAAGAUGGAGCCAUGUUACACCCACCCCAAUCCAAUUCCUGAUAAACAUAUGAAAUAAUGAUUGCUGAAAGAUAAGAGUGACCAGGUACGAUUGUCAUGGCUUCGUGUUCUGUCCUACAGGUCUACUGCUGUAUAGUGGCAGACAGGAAAACCUACUUUUAACUUUUGCGGUAUUUGUGUAUUUAUGUAUAUAUUACAUUUGGGUUUGUUUAUGGAAUUGUGAGGGGAAACAGGUUGAGAGGAAGGCUGGACUGGAAUGAGGUACACGUACAAUUUCACCUCUCUCCUCAGCUUGUUACUUUUUGUUCUUAAAAUAUUUGGUUGCAGGUUUGUUUUUGUAUUCAAUUAUUUUGUAAGUAAAUAAAUAAAAAUAGAUCCAC